UUACUCUCCACAGCCAAAAACAAGAGAUAUCCCAAGCACCUAGCUAUUUCUUGCCCUCUCCUCCACACACAACCAUGGUGGCUGUUAUUUUGUCCAACACCCGGGUUAUGCCCACCAGUUAUAACAAGACCAUCAUGAGCAACUUGUCCUUGCACCGUAUCGGCGAUGGGGCCGGCACAAAUCAAGCCACUGUGAUCCAAAAGGAUUACAAGUUUGGUCAUACUGCUGUUAAUGACUGGGUAAUUUACGAAGGUGCAGGCCCCGGUCCGGUGUUCGCCCGCGGACAAGGCAGCCACAUUCUUGCCGGCAACUCCAUAUCUACCAUCAUGAUAACGUUCGAGGAUCCAAGGUACAAGGGCUCCAGCCUUGCUGUUAUGGGCAACAUCUUGGAUAAUGGUCAGUGGGCUAUUGUUGGAGGGACUGGGUUAUUUAAGUAUGCAACUGGAUUCAUUGACUUGGUUCCUGUUCAACAGUCGAGCCCCAAGAACAUUUCAAACAUCACCAUCGAAGUAUGCAAUCCAAAUUAUUGAUGCAAAUAAGGUCAAAGACGAACGUCAUAACUAUAUAUGUAUCCUCCAUAAUAAAGCGGACACCGGUUGUUCGCAUUUCCAUGUACCAGCCAUGCAUGACCCUUUUCAAUGGUGGCGUUUCAAUUUGUUCCCUUGUAUUUUCUCUAUUCGGAGUGAUUUUUUAUUUCUACUAGAUCCUUUUCAAGGUGUUACUUCCCAUUUUCAUGUAUUACUAUGUUGUGCAACAAAUCAAUAAAGUUCAUUUGGUGGCAACCG